AUGGAAGAAAUCACAAACUCCUCCUCGAUCACCAAUGAGCCGUUGUCUGCUGGCGUUCUGGUCGUUGGAUACGAUUUUUCGUUCAAUGGGUCCAGUGUAGCGUUGUGUCAUUGGUCGGGUUUUUCAUUAACGUCAUUCGAGGAUUUCCGCCGUUUCAGUGGAUCGCCACCAUUAGUGGUUUACUGUAUGCUACAGAUCAUCGUUGGCUGGUCAGUAUCACGUUUUGGACUGUAUGGUUUGUUGGAGCCAACUGAGGUGAAGCACAGCGUUCUGAACUACAUAGGAGUGAUCGUCACUCUAAUUAGCGGUGUUCUCUUCAUAUUCGUCAAACAAGCGAAUGAAAGAUCGCUAGCGGAUGGUACUGAUGUCGAUGAAACUGCACAAGAAUUGACUAUCAAGGCUGAAUGUCGAGGUGAACACGUUGUCCUCAACACGACAAGUGAUUCGAACACUUCUGAAACAACAGAGAAGAGAAAUCAGUGCAGGAAAAAACCACAGUUGGUUGGAAUUGCGAUGAUGGGCGAAGUUCUUCGUAAAAAAUUUAGAUACCUUCUAAUGACAAUGGGACUUGCCACACUCCAUGGUUUGAUGAUGACACCUAUAGAAAAGUUGAAACAACGCCAUCCUUCAGAAGAUCUUUAUCAAGCGCUCGAUUAUGUGUGGUCAUUCUAUUCCUCCGUAUUCGUGGCUUCGACAAUCUACUUCUUCUUGUAUUGCGUGAUCCGACGUAAGGAAGCCUAUGUGAAUAGCGCCCUGGUGCUACCAUCCGUCGGGUACGGUGUGCUAUGGACGACUGGAAUGACAAUGUGGAUGCUUUCUAGUGGUGUACUAUUGCAAGUGAUCGCCUAUCCGAUCGUUACCAGAGUAUGUAUUUGA